AUGGAUGGACUGAAUGAUCGUGAUAUAGCUUAUGCUCUCCAAGCCUUAGCUCAAGCUAUAGGGAAUCCAAAUAGGGGAGAAGCUGGUGGAGCUGUUGAGUACCAAGGGUUAGACCGCUUCCAACAAAACAAUCCCCCUUCAUUCAAUGGAGGAUACAACCCUGAUGGUUCUCAGAACUGGAUAAGGGAAAUUGAGAAGAUUUUCCGAGUGAUGGCAUGUCCAGAAGGGCAAAAAGUUUCUUUUGGUACAUACACUUUGGUGGAAGAAGCUGAGUAUUGGGGGGAGAAUACUCGCCAAUGCCUAGAUGUUGAAGGUCAAGAUGUGACCUGGGAUGUCUUCAAGAGGGUAUUCUUGGAGAAAUACUUUCUUGAGGAUGUUAGGAACAAGAAAGAGAUGGAGUUCUUAGAGCUCAAGCAGGGAAACAUGACUGUAGCUGAGUAUACAGCCAAGUUUGAAGAGUUGGUGAGGUACUUUUCCCAUUAUCAAGGGAGGGAUGGUGAAAGCUCUAAACGUGUGAAGUUUCUGAACAGCUUGCGACCUGAAAUGAAGCAAGCUAUGAAUUACCAGGAUGUUCGUCAGUUUCCACUCUUGGUUAACAUGUGUCGGAUUUGGGAUGAAGACUCUCGAGACAGGGCGAGCUAUUAUAAAAGUAUAGGUCCAAUGAAGAACAAAAAGAAUGGACCCCAACAUCAAGGAAAACCGUACUCGACCCUUCCUAAGCAAUAUGGUAACCGCCCUAACAAUCAGAAGACUGUUGCCAUGGAUUUGCGGGUGGUAGUGGUAGCAAACCCAAUACCUUCCCCACUCAUAUCACUUGUUACAGAUGUAGUAAGCCAGGGCACAUCUCCUCAAAUUGCCCUAAUAAAGGCAUAA